AUGGAAUCGGCGCGCCGAAACACCACGCAGGAGCCCAGCGAAGCCAACCUCGUGCGACUGCUGGACCUGUGGUCGGCGGACUGGAAGCACCGGGGGCGCACCCGGGCGGUGGGCCCAGGCCUGCGCCGCCGUGAACGUCUCCGGAGCCGCUUUCCGAACGGCUCUUGGACGUCCAUAGCUGCACUCUUCAACCCACGCAUGGGCUUGCACCGUGACAUUCAGAACAUGGCCGGGCACUUGAAUCACGCGCUCGCUCUGGGAGACGACACGGGAGGGCGUGUGUGGAUCGAAGACGAUGACGGGGACUCCACGGCCUUGGGCGGCAGGGAGCUGCGGGGCAAGUGGCUGGACAUGCACGACAAGCCUGUCAGCGUCGAUGCCCGCCGCUAUCACAUGGUGGAGCCACACGAGGGCAGCAUGUGGGCACUCGCUGCUUAUGUUCCGCAAGCCUAUGCUCGGGCGAGCGAGCAGCACCGGCAGGCGCUGAGAGAGGCUGGCUUUCCGCUGCCGCUGCUUGAGAAAGGCAGUGUGUGA